UCAGGUGACGUGGAGUUCACAUGAUAUCCACAGACGACAAUCCACAACACGACAACUAUCCAGAGGGAGAAGAUAGCUGGUGCAAGUGGCAGCAAGCUAAAGCACUUGGAACAGAGCCUGAACCGCACCCUGCCCCAUUACACCCCGACGUUCAAAAAAAAAUUCUUCCGAUAUACGAAGAUUUAUCGAGAGACGAUCUGCUGACGAGAUGCUUAGGCGGGCAUACGCAGAAUGCGAACGAAAGUUUCAAUUCAACCGUUUGGCGACUGGCUCCAAAGCAUCUACAUGCUGGUUUAAAAAUAGUCGAGGUUGCAGCAUUCUUGGCUACUGCAUUAUUCAAUGAAGGAAAUUCAGCCCUUCUAAUGCUGAUGAAUGAAUUAAAUUUCGUCGUUGGCUCACAGAGCUUCAAUUAUGCCGAGAGCAUGGACAGAAAGCGCGUGACGAGACAGAAUAGGCGCAGCUCAUUUGAGACGAAGAAAGGUCGUAUAGCUCGUCAAGCGGAGCUGCAAGCUAAAAAUGACGCGUAUGAGCAAGAAGAGGGAUUGCUAUAUGGUGCUGGAAUAGCUGAUUAACCGGUGAGCAUUUUUUAUAAUUAAUUACUGCCUUGAAUUUCUCGUUUUCGCUACAUUUUAUUUCAAACGCGUUUUUCUCGAAACGACUUUUUUUCGACUUGCGUACAUUC